AUGAAAUUGUCUGAUGACCAACGAAAAGAAGUGCUUGAUCCCCUUCUUAGUAAAGGCUGGGAGAUGGUCGAAGGACGUGAUGCCAUUCGGAAGGUGUUUCAGUUUCAAGAUUUUAACGAGAAUCACAUUGUUCAGGCAUUCGGUUUCAUGUCAAGAAUAGCGUUGAAGGCUGAAAAGAUGGAUCACCACCCGGAAUGGUUCAAUGUGUAUAAUAAGGUGGAUAUUACGUUAAGCACUCAUGACUGUGGAGGACUUUCGCAAAAGGACGUCACUCUCGCGAAGUUCAUUGAAUCUGCGAAAAUAUGA